AUUACCCAGCAUUCCCCAGUCCCCUGCUGUCGUGCGCGUGCAGCUGUCAGAAAAUGUUUCUGAACCUGAACGUCACCGACGUUUUCCUUCCAGUCCUGGUGGUCUUGAAGCUUGCACGCUUCCCCCGGCAGGUGAGAUGUGGCAUCUAGAAGAUGAAAACGACGGGGAUGGCGCUCCGGGUGCCAUUGACCUCCGUCCACGCUCUCAGUUGCAUUUCCGUCGCCGGGCGGCAUAUCUAAGGAAAAGCGUCUCUGCAGAUGACCACCUUGUUGAUUCUGAUUUUGAGCCCACCCAGAUGGAGCGGAGGAGCUUAGCCGACCCAAAAGUUAAACUGAAGAGGAAGUUUAGUUUGGGAUCCAUAGACCGGAAGGGGACACGCCAGAGAAGGAGUGAAUCUGGGAUUGUGAAGUUUACCCAGCGACUUUCUUUGAAGGACAAACACUUGAAGGACGACAGGAGCCUGCAUUCUAGACCCCCGGCCUACAGGAGGCGCUCUCUCAGCGUGGACUGGGCCAAAUCCAAAAUGACUCAACAGAUCCCCGAGCCUCAUCCUCUGAUCCCAUGCAAGUAUUCUAGCGCGUCAAGUUCGUCUCCUCCAAGCGCGGCGCGACGCCUCUACAGAAACCUGUCCGGAAAGUUCCGCGCGGUGAACCUGCUUCCGGAUGAUAUGCCGCUCAUGGGCCAGUCGGACAAGGAUCAAGCGCACAAAACCACUGUGUUUCAGGGUAAUGAGGCUCUGUUUGGAGCCGUUGAGCAUCAGGAGCUCGAUGUGGUGGAGUCUCUGUUGAACACCUUCAGUUUGGAGGAGUUGGAUUUAAACACACCCAACAGUGAAGGUCUGCUGCCCCUCGACAUCGCCAUCAUGACCAACAACGUCCCCAUGGCCAAACUUCUGCUGCGGGCCGGUGCCAAAGAAAGCCCCCACUUUUUAAGUCUUGAAGGCAGAGCUGCUCACCUGGUCUCGCUGGUGCAAGAGGCGGAGCAUCGCAUAGCUGAGCUGGCUGCCCAGGUGACGGGGGAGGAGCCAAUGGAGAGGGAGGAGUCAAAUAGAGAGAGACAGCUGAAGGCAUGGGAAUGGAAGCUCCGCCUCUACAAGCGCAUGCAGACGGGUUAUACACACGCCAGUCCUCCCGAGCCGCCCAGCGCAGUCCAUCUCUCCGUCAGCAGUAACACCAGUCUCAGAGUCCACUUCCAAGAGCCACUUUGUCACAAUUCUGCUGUUAUUACCAAAUACCGUGUGGCUUGGAGCAGCGUUCCUUCAUUCAGCCCAUUACUGGGUGAGACGACCAUUGAAGACGUGACUCAACUUCAGUAUGACAUAAUCGGUCUUACAGCGGGCUCUUGUUAUUAUGUCCAGGUAUCAGCAUAUAACAUGAAGGGUUGGAGUUCACCUCAAACAUCUGAACCUGCAUGUUCCACACCCUCGAGCUGGAGGGAUGUGGACAGGCUGUCCCCUCGCCAGCAGGGUGUGAAUGAGUCGUUACAGCUUCUCCUGGGGCAAAUUAAAGGGGCACAUCGUCACUGCACAUGCCACGAACAGUGCAAAGCCCCGUCAAACAGGAAACACUCUGUGUCUAAAAGUCUCAGGCAUCUCUUCCAGCCAACUUGCAAAUUUGUCAAAAAUCUGAAAAGAGGUCUGUAUCUGGCCUGUGUUUUCUACAAAGAUGAGAAUAUUUUGCUCACCCCAGAGGACCAGUUGCCUGUCGUGGAGGUGGACGAUUCUUACAGCUGUCAUGCACAGGAUUUCCUCUGGUUUACAAAGGUGUCACAUCUGUGGGAGGAGCUCAGCUGGAUGCAGCAGUGCAUCAGUCCCGCACACGCCUCCAGUUCCUGCACGCUUCAGACGCGACUCAAACUGCUUCAAGCUGCUGCACAACUACAGGCACUUCUCGGCACGGUGGAUCUGGGUCAGGUGUAUUUUGAGCCGAUUAAAGAUAAGCACGGUAAUGCAGUGUUGGUGCUGAUGAGGGACAUGAGCUCGUGUGCGCAGCUGGAAGGCGUUCGCUGGAUUCCAGUCAGUAAAUUCCAGCUGCAACGCAGGUCUUCCUCAUCUUCAUCAGAAGAGCCCACCGCACUGGAGACCCUGCUCACCACACUGCACGAGAAACUGUCAUAUCACCGACGCAGCAGGAAGUGUUUGUCCGCCGGUCUGUAUCUGGGUUACCUGAAGCUCUACACCUCCGUAGACCAGAUCAGAGUGCUCGUGUCACAUAAACAUCCAAAUGUGCUGUGUCACACCAAAAUACGAGACAACGGCCACAUCUCCAGGGAGGAAUGGCAGUGGCUUCAAUCAUUAACCUCGCUCGAGGACAGCGUGCAGGUGUGUGCCAAUGCCCAAAGCGCUCCACAUCGCCUCCUGGUGGACUUGCUAACAGCUGCCAAAGAUUUGCUCGGCUACGCCAACAUUCCUAACAACCAGGCACAAGAUUUCCGUGUUUAUGUAAAAGAGGUGGUGGAGUUGGGUGAGGGCGUGUCCUUUCUGUUGCUCCUUCCUCCAUGUGAGGAGGUGUGUUCACCCCCCGGUCAGAAUCAUCUGUGUUCGCCGCGCUCGGGAUUCUUCACUCUGCCGCUGCAACUCUUUGAGUUAGUUCAUUUUGAGUCAUACAGCCCUCGUUUCAUCGCUCUGUAUUGCCGUGCAUGCGCCCUGUUGGGUCUGGAGUCUCUGAUGUCCCAGCAGUCUCUGCGGGAAGCGUUCUCUGAGUCAGAGCUCGUUUCUGCCAAACACAAACAUCAGCAGAUUGAAGAGUAUUUGCAGCAUAUGGAGGACCUGUGGCAUGAUGCCAGGUGGAUGGUAGAUGUUCUGCAGUCUGCUCGAUAUAAACAGCAGAGCUCUGGAGUGAGUCUGGGAUGGAUUAUUGACUUCUCCAAAGAGAGUUUUCCAGAAAAAACAGUUUCCACCUCCUCACAGCCUGACUACCUUCCUUCUCCAACCCCUUCACCAGAGACUACACGAAAACUCAACGAUCCCCACAGUCUGUCUGAUGAAGACAACACAUCUGAGGUCUUCCACACCACAGACAGUGUGUAUACCUCCAGUGUUUCCCAAAGCACCAGAGAACUGGACCUGCUUCCACCCUCCCCAACAUGUUUCCGAGCCGUACCGUCCACCCACCUUUCCUCCUCGUCACAAUCAUCGCCUCACUCCUCUUUUUGCCAGCCCGACGUCCUGCAAACCGGAGGAGGAAGUGUUGUGUGUGUGAGCAGACGGGAGAAUACAGGACUGAACGCAUUAGAUGGUGAUUUCAUCCUUCCCAGUCGUCAAAUUGAACUGUUGCGAGUCACAGAGAAGAGAACUGCGCUGUGUGUUCGCACGAGCAGCUUGGAAUACCCGCCCCCUGUCUCAACAGCAACCACGCCGACCAGCUCCGCCUCCCAUAAAGGCUGGACACGCCCUUCCUCGUUCGAUCUGUGCUUUUCAGCUCACGAGCCCCGCCCCACACCUGUGCGCACCCUAUCAGAGGACAGCGGCGCAGCAACUCUCGGCCCGCUCGACUGGUUCACCCCUGAGAACGUGCCACAGCACGCUGAAGGUUUACCCACAAUACCAGACUGGGCUACCCAAAGACACCAGUGUCAAACUACGUGUGACUACAGAGACAUCGGCGAAAGAGAUGGUUCGUUUAGUAGUCCAGGAAAUCAACGCGGUUUGUCGCCACCUGCUGAAAGCCACCCAGCAGUGCACGUGCACGACAGAACAAUGCGGCUACCCAACGUGUGUGUCCGAGGUGUGUGUGUACGAAACCGAGCAGCUGGAGCACUUCGGGCUCGUUCUGUUGGUGGAGGGGAGAGAGAAAUGGCUUCAGGAUGAUUUCUGUCCGCUCACGCUACAGAAUCCCUGGACUCGUGGGAAACUGUGCGUCCGUUUCAAAGAGUACUCGCCACUCGCGCUGCAGUACAGCCGAGCCACUACUGUUUGACACCAAUGCACAGUUACGAUCACACGUGUACAUAAACACAUUCUCACACACAAGCUACGUGUAUCGACUACUGAUUUUGGUGUUUUCCUUGUUGCUUAGUUUUAGUUCACAAGGUCUCACCUUGGGUUUACUUACUAUCUGCUCUGAUUAUCACUGCUUUUAACUGCACUGCACAAGCCUUGAUUCUUAAAGGGAUAGUUCACCUAAAAAACAAACAAUUCUGAGGCUAACCUUCUGCCUAACAUCUCCUUUUGUGUUCCACAGAAGAAAGAAAAUCAUACAGUUUUGGAACAUCAUGAGAGUGAGUAAAUAAUGACAGAAUUUUUCAUUUUGGGUGAAUUAUCCCUUUUAAAAGAUUACAUAAGAUGCCUUGCAUCACCCUGCACUACCAAUAAGUGUUUACAAGGGUGACGUACACACGAAAAAGUUUUAGGAGUGACAACCACAUUUGAAUCAAGUAAGUUAUCGUUUGAGUUUGUACAGAAUACUGGAAUCACUUCCGAAGUUUCAGUUGAUAUUUUUGACCAUAGUGAAAAAAUUAAACGGUUAAAAAGUUUUCAACUGGACCGCAACAGAAAGGAACAAAAUGUAGAUGUCUAAAAACUCAUUUCAACUUGAAACGGCAUCUAAAAAAUGCGACGCUAAUGCACGAACCAAAAGUUACACGGAGCGCAAUGGAAUGAAACAAAACACAGGUGUCAGCGAUGUUCAAUUUGAACUCUUUUCACAUCUUCCGGCACACUAAUACACAAGACUCAAAUUUAGGUAAAGUGCAUCAGAAUGUAAAAAACUUGUGUUUUUUUAUUUUUAUUUGAAUUGUUAUCGAUUUGACGACAUCUUAAAAACGUGAUGCAUACGUGCGGGACACUGAAAACGUUUAGGUGGAGCGCAAAGCAAUGGAACAAUUUUAUUUUAUUAUUUAAAAUAUUGUCAACUUAAAGUGACAAUAAUGGGACAAAACUUACAUGAAGCGCAACGGAAUUAAAUAUAACGAACAUUUAAAAAAAUGGAACCGUUUUCAAAUUGAAACUGAUAUUCGAAAAAGUUACACUGAGCACAAUGGAAUGAAACAAAGGUUUCGCGAAACUCGUUUUUUAAAAGUUACACUGUUCUCAGCUUGACACGGCGUCUUAAAAAUAUGAUGCUAAUGUGCAGGACACUUAAAUGAUUUGAUGGGGCACAACGGAAUGGAACAAAAUGCAGGUGUCUAAAGACUCGAUUUUUUUUAAGUUGAAUUGUUUUCUAUUUGACAUACUAUCUUAAAAAGGUGAUGCUUAUGCACGGGAUGGAUAUAUUUUAUGUUUAUGCAUUUAUUUUUUUAUUUGAACUAUUUUCAACUUAAAACGGCAUCUCAAAAAUCUGAUGAUAAUGCACGGGACAAAAGUUACAUGGAGCGCAAUAUUAAAUAAAAUACAGGUGUCUCGCAUUUUUAAAAGUCGAAAGUUUUCAAAUUGAAACGGCAUCUUAAAAACACAGCGUGGAACAAAACACGGACAAUUUUAAAUUUGAACUCUUUAUAUCUAAUAAUGGCGCACUAAUGCACGAGAUCAUCUUAAAAACGUGAUGCUAAUGAAAACAGUUCAAUGGAUGCAACGGAAUGGAACAAUUUUUUUUAUACUUGAACUAUUUUCAAAUUAAAACGGCAUCUGAAAAAUGUGACUGCAACGCAUGGGACAAAAUUAGCAUGAAGCACAUUGGAACGUAAAGAAACGCAGGUGUUACGAAAAAAUAUUUGUAAUGUUAAAUUGUUUUCUAUUUGACAAGAUAUCUUAAAAAUGUGAUGCUUAUGUACGGGACAUCGAAAAAAGUUAGAUGGAGCGCAACAAUAUAUUUUUUUAAUUUAAACUAUUUUCAACUUAAACAGCGCCUCAAAAAUCUGACGCUAUUGCACGGGACAAAAGUUACAUGGAGCGCAACGGAAUGAAUUAAAAUACAGUUGUCUCGCAUUUUUAAAAGUUGAAAGUUUUCAAAUUGAAACAGCGUCUUAAAAAAACAGAGUGGAACAAAACAUGGGUGUCAAUUUUAAAUUUGAACUCGUCAUAUCUAAUAAUGGCGCGCUAAUGCACGAGACUCAUCUUAACAACGUGAUGCUAAUGAAAACAGUUCGAUGGAGCGCAACGGAAUGGAACAAUCGUUUUGAUUUAUUUUGACUAUUAUUCAAUUUAGAUGUCAACAAUUUUAAAUGUGAACUUUUUUUUAAUUUGACACGGCAUCUAAAAAAUGCCACGCUAAUGCGAGGCUCACUGAAACAAGUUACUUGGAGCGCAUGGGACUGGAACAAAACAAAGGUGUCUCGAGAUGCGUUUCAGCUUGUUUCGGCAGCUUCGGGACGCUAAAAAAGUCGCAAUGGUGCGUGUUAAAUAGAAGAGUCCCUUUUAUAAAAACGUGCUCUCUUGUGACCUCACAGCAUGACCCCGAAUCAUUUGUAGAAAGUGGCUGUCAAUCCUGAAAAUAAGUACUAUCUUGCUGUAACUGUAUAAUUGUAAUGUACAAGAAGGUGUAAAUUCAGCUUUGUUUUCUUGUUGACAAAAGCUCUUCCAGAAGUAUUCACAAGUGAAAUGUUUACAGUCAGAUGGUGGUUUGAUCUCGCCAAACAAACUUUAUGUCCUGAUUUCAUUGCAUGUGGUCAAUACUGCGGUCACGUGCACUGCAGUGUCCACUCUUCCUCAGGAUACUGUAAUGCCCUUCCACCAAAUUUCCAUACAGUCACGGCAGCCGAAAGACAGUGAAGGAAUCAUUGGGAUACUCUUGACGCCGUGGGGUAACCAGGUGCGACAUCACCAUUUUUCCAUCAACACUGAAAGUGAAGAGAAGCGAAGUCACGACCAGUCGGAUCAUACUCGACGUUGAAUAUACAGCUAUGUGGAGAGGAAUUUCAGACCAGUAGUAUUUUGCAGUGGGCGGAGCUACUCAGAACGCCCAAAUGCCUUGUCGCCUGUCUUGGUCAUGUCUGGUUAGGACAAAAGAUUCAUGUUUUAUCACGUUAUCGAGUCAUGUCUCGUGAACUACUGACACUGAAUUACUGAAAUGCACUUGAAAAUAAUUCUACACUGAAAAUACAAGAAGAACAGAAGCUAUUUCCAAAUGAAAGUGUGGUUUUUGAUCAUGUGCUGUGUAUGUAAAGGAAUGAACAGACUCGAUAGAAAUAUCAACACUGUUUCUGCAGGGCUGGAUUUCUGUCGUGUGGUUUCGCAGACGGACUUUUCCAGUUUCUGAAGACUUCAUUUGUUGAUCUGUGUUUGUCUGAGCAGCGAGUAAAGCGCUUCAUUUCU